UUGUUUUGAGUUCUGAUAUUGUCUUUAAAAUUGCUGUCCGCGAACUCAGACCUUCGUAUCGCUUACUACAAAGACAAUUUUAGAUAUCCUUUUUUAAAGUGUCACUCCUGCCAGAAUUUAUUUUUUCAAUUUUGCCCAUUCCAGCGCCUCUAAGCCUGAAUGUUACAAGACAAAGCGCAUUAAUUUGUAAAUGAAUCAUUCUCAAUUAAUCGAUCCAACGAUUACUAUCCUCAAUGACAUAAUAUUCUACACAAUGCCGAUAAAACUUCACGGGAGCAACUGGAACACGUUCAGAUUCCAAGAUAUGUAAACCGCAGCCGGUACUAUUCUAAAGAAGGCGAAAUGGAUUUUAAGGGAAAAGUCUCAGUGACAGGAAUAUGGAUAUUUUUAUUAUAUACGACCACUGUGUGUGUUACUCGCGCCUUUAGAUUUCCCCAAAACUCCAGUCCCUUGAAACGAAAUUGCAGUUUAUCAUCACCAUGUAAACGGGUGUUUGAGCUAACCUUUGCGGAGAAAGUUCGCAUUGACAUGCUAAAGAAACAUAUCAUGAACGAGUUAAACAUUCAAGAUAACUCGGUGAAGGGUUCAAAUAGAGGAACAGUGAAGAAAACGAAGGAUCAGGAUGUUCCGCCAAAACCGGAACCUGAGAGUUUCCUGCAGGAAAUGGCGGAAAUUGUCAGUUUCUCCGAAAAACCAGAGAACAUCUCAGAGCGAAAUGUUCUGUCGUUCACCAUUGACGUCAGUACCAAACCGAGACAAAUAGAAGCAGUGAGUGCACAUUUAUGGAUUCUUAUGAGAAAACGGAAACGAGGCAGGUCAAAGGGCAGAAAGGUCAUACUACGAGUUAUGAAGGUACCCAAUCAGAAGGAAGAGAAAUUUCAUUACCUUACGGCUUUAAGAACUAGGGUGAAAAAAUCAAGAUGGCAGAAAAUUAGCCUACCGGUGACACUUAUACAGUCAAUGUUAGAUUCCAAGGACAAGGCACUGAAUCUCAGGAUAUCUUGUAAAUUCUGUGGUAGAAUGGUGCGCCCAGUAUUAUUUCGACGGGAAAAUAAAAACCUGACAAUGAAAAACGGAAAGACCCGGAGAGGGAAAAAACGGCGAAGACGUCGGAGACGCAUGCGUAACAAGAAAACCAACAAUGAGAAUAAUAGAAUUCAACCAUUUCUCGUUAUAAGUACUAGAUACCGUCAUACAUUUAAAAAAUCAUGAAAUCGUCAGAUUACUUUUGAGAGAUUUAAGCUUACUACCAGAAUUGUGUUCACAACGUAUAUAUCGUGGCAUGGAUAUUUAUAUCACCGUGAAAAAUCACUUGCUCUUGGGAGUCACGUGAUAAAGAGAGAUGGAAGUCACGUGAUGAACAGAGAAGGAAGUGACGUAAUGAAGAAAGAUGAACUGGCAUUGCAAAAAUUGAGAAAAAAUGACACGAUAUUUAUUUAUUAUUGUCUGCGUUUCGUAAAAAUCGUGAUGCAAGUUAAGAAUGAUGGGUGAAUGUGUAUGUAUAUAAUUAUCAUUUCAACCUUACGAAGCAAUUGUGAAAAAUGCUGCAAUUGCCUCUAACUUUACUGGCAUUAUGUUAGUGUGAAACUUGUAGUAUGAAUUUAGUUUUCCUGUCAAUCAUUAAGAAAUUUCUACUUAGCUUCACAUAGCAUUACUUUUAAUAAGAUGUAAACUAGGCAAAACAAAUUUACAAAUGUAUAUAAUUAUUAUAAUAUUUCCAUUUAGAUUGUUACGUUUACCUAUUUUAUAUCAGAAGUUAAGGUACUUGAAUGAAAUGGCUGACACAUGUGGUGUGGCGUCGCAUUUUGUUUCGAAGAAUUGAAUACAUGAAAUAUAUGGAGUAAACGAACAGUUUUCAAGCUCAGUCUAUUAAACAUUACAAAUUAGGAGCAUAGCAAACACAGACCUCUAAAACAUCAGAGGUGGGAUCAGGUGCCAUGGAGGAGUGAGUAUCUCCUGCCAUAUGUAUAGUUUUUAGAGUCUGCACAAUUCAAAACUUAAAAUAAGUUCGCUAUUACUUUAUGCACUGACUAUAUUCUUUUAAAUUAUGUUGUUUUAAUUAAAUGGCUGUAUUUACAAAUUUUUCGGGAAGCAUAAUUGAUACCCACUGUAAGAUUUUUGAUGACAAGAUUCCUUGGACUUUGUAAACUUUAUAUUCAUUCUGCCUUUUAAAAUGGCACCACCAGUCCAUCAGUACAUUAUGUCAUAUUCCUUUAGCAACUGCACAGUUCUGGACAGGUGAUCAAAGGCUUUAAGAAGUUUAAGUAAUCUAUGUACUGUUAUGGAAGGUAAUUGAACUAAUCUUUUACCUGGUUCAUAAUAAUCCAAUAAAGAGAUUACAUGACUGUGUAUUUUUUUUAGUAUGGUUAGAUAAAUGAACUGAAACUUACAUGUAUGUCCUCAAUUCGAGCAGCUGAAUUGUUUAAUAUUGUACUAAUCUUUAAAAAUUUGUAUUAAAUUGUCUGUUAUUUCACAUGAUGAGCUGAAAGCUUUACAGUAAUGUUUAGCAUACACAUGUAAUUUGUCUGAAUUUAUGGGGUUUUUUUUUUUUGUCUUUUUACCAAAAAAUGAUGGGUUUUUAGAAUGACAUUUCCAAAAUACACUGUAUGUAUUUCAGAUUUAAGAAUUGUCGAUAAUCAUUUUAUCACCUUUGUGAUGUAUGCAUGUUAUUACGAAGAAGAAUAAAUGAAAUAAUGUUUGAAUUAAAAUAUCAAAAAUAUGU